CAUGGGGGGGUCACCAUGGCAACCGGCAAACCGUCGCGGCCAUUACCCGGCGCAGCCCGCGCGGGGUUGUUUCCUUCCGGGUCGGGCCGGGCCGGCGAGCGCACGUGGGGCCGCGGCAGAAUGACAGUAAAGAAAGAGGGAAGGAGUAAUGACAAAGAAACUGCACGUAAGAAAAAACCAAAACCCAUGAAAACCACUGGGAGUCAAACUGACAUCAAAAUUGAAGAGGGCAUCCAGUGUGAAUCACAAGCAAAACCUAAGGUGAAGGAAAAGAAACGUUUGGCAAAAAAGGAGGAUUCAGACUGGGUGAAUUCUAAGAAAAAGAAAGUUGGCUCCAAGUCUAAGAAAAAAGCAUGUUUUGAAAACUCUGUGAAUGUAGAAAGCCAUCCAGAUUCCCAACCACUAACAGAACCAGAGGAAAAAACUAAAGUUCUCAAAAAAAAGAAAAGGAAAGACAAAGGUCUUUACUUUUUACCACUGGAGAAAAGUCAGAACUGCAACCCAGAUCUGAAAAACUACACAGCAGAUAAUCAGGAAAAUGUAUUCACUGGUAAAGAACCCAGGAAGAAUAUCAUCCAGAAGUCUGAAGGGGACAGCAAGGUAACCAAAACGAAGAAAAAGAAGAAAGGCAAAGAUAUUUUCUCCUUAACAGUGAACUGUAAUGAAAGCAGUGUAUGUCACAUUUCUAGUAAAAAAUUGCAAAAAAAGCAUAUAAACAAUUCUCAGGAAAAAAUCACUAGUAAAAAACACAGAAAAGGGAUUGUCCAGAAUGAUGAAUCCGGUAAUGUUAUACAGAAGAAAAAAAAGAAGAAAAACAAAGAUAAACACACCUCUCUACUAAAAUUGAAAGGUAACGUGGACAAUAAUCAUGGGACUUCUAAACACAACAUCCCAGUAGGUGACUUGAAAAAUAAGCAAGGCAUCAGUUCCCACGAAAGUACACCGGGAACGGAGAGAGAGAAUAUUGUCCAGAACUCUGAAAGCGACAGAGACAUGACCAAGAAGAGCAAAACCAUUUCUUUGCCAGCAGGUGAGGCUAAUCAGGACCACAGUUCUAGCAUUCCCAAUAAAUACCUACCAAGACACCAAAAAGACAAGUUCCAAGAUAAAGUACUCACUGGAAAAAAACGCAAGAAGAAAUUUGGAGACAGUGCAAUAAUCAAGAAAAAGAAAAAGAAGCUUCAUAAAGAGGAGGAGGAAGUAACUAAGUGUGUAACUCCUUCAGACGUUGAAAAGGUUGCAUCCAUGGGUGGGAAAGCCACACCAGUUAAAAGUAAUAAAAAGAAGAAAUCCAAAACGAGGGCUGUGGAAGGUACAGCAAUGGACGGCAUUGAUGGAGGAUCAUGUGAAAAUAAUAAUGUGCCCUAUGAGGGGAAGAAACCCAAGAAGAGAAAGAAACAGAGACCAGAGACUUCAGCUGAAGAGCCAAGCAUGAAAAAGAAGAAAAAGAUCAAGAUGAAGGAAGAAAAAACUGAUAGUGAGGCAGCGGAAUCUGAGAAUGAUGUAGCAGUUGUGGGGGAAAGAAAAGGAAACUGUGAUGAAAUAAAUAUAGACAAGUUGAGACGGCAAGCCCUGCAAGAAGAGAUCGACCGAGAAUCUGGCAAAACUAUGGGUUUCAGAAGCAAAGUGAAAUCUGACACCAAGUUCGGCCAGUGGAGCACAGCUGCUUUUGAAACUUCAGAUGAAAAAGCAAAGUUCCUCAGACUCAUGGGUGGUUUUAAGAAGGGCUCUACAUCAGUCCAAGAUCCACCAGCCAUCACAGAGAAGCCAAACAUGGCUUUGAGCAGGGAAGGGGAAGAAAAAUUAAAGCAGGCUCUGCAUGUGGAGUUUGAGAGAGCCGUGAACUUGAAGCACCACAGAAGAGUUGGCCUGGGAUUCCAACCUGUCGGCAAAAAAAUACACAUAGACAAGUGUGCUUCUAGAUCCAUCAAAUUUGAGGACUGAACUGUGCAGUAUGAUGGAAGGGAUGAAAAUGCAGCAUGGAAACUCGAUUGUUACUUGCCACAGCUGUUUAUUUGGAAUAAGCUACGGAGCAUUUCAAACUUACGUUCAACACAAAAUUUGCAACUUUUGUCACAACCUCAAGUGAGGCAGUGACUUGAAGCCUCAGUGCACACUGGGAUAGGAACCUGCCCAAACACAGCCCAGAAGUCUUCUAGCAUGACUCCUUCAGCAAAGGUUUGAGGCUUCAGCCAUAGCUGGGGACAGGUUAAAGUUUGUAAGUAUUUGUUUACUUUUCAGAAUGAAGACUAUUGUAAAUUCUUUUUUAAACAGAUUUUAGUGACUCACAGGGGCUCAGAGGUUAAGUAAAAUCCUCACUUUUCUGCAGCUGUACCUCUGAAAGAGGCCUGAUCAGAGGGCUACUUCUUUUUAAACAAAGUUACCGUUAUCUUUCUUAAAUGUUUAGUGUUACCCCUGUAGCUAACAAGCGUUGUUGACUGUUCUACUUGUUUUAAAUCUAUGUUCUGAUGCUUUGCUUUAAGGGCUAAUUCCUGCUUCUGGUCAAAAUCCAGUUAAACUGUUGUAAACAAGAUGUGACCCCAGAUUUGUCAAACUGUGGGACAGUCUUGUAGGAAGCAAAGUAAUUUUUCAUAGCCAUACAAAACUUGUGCAAGUUAAAAUCACAGAACAACUGGAAUAAAAUUGCUAUUUAUUAACCUCUGAAUUAUCUCCUAGCUGUAGAGUUACAACCCAACAUGAAAUGCAUUUAUAAAUAUGCAUGAAUAGAGCAAAUGCACAGAUCCAAA